GUGUCUGGCGCCUACCCGGAGCAGCACUAUGACCUGGUGGGUCUGACGGCCGUGCCGGACCCGCAGUCGACUCCGUCGCAGUCGAUGCUGGCCGCCCUCAUCACCACGUCGCUGUUCCUCUUUAUUGUACUCGUCGCCGGAACCAUAUUCUUCUGCAAACACCGGCGGAAGCUGGCCAGUCUGAUGGUCACCUCGGCUGCCGAUAAGAGGGGGGAGGUGUCCCGGGCCCUGUACGACGACCUGUCGAGGAGGCCGCACCACGGAGCACCGACCGGCCUGCGCUCCGGCGGUCCACACAUCGAGAUGGUGGCUGUGAAGUCGGGUCGGCUGCCGCCGCGGCUGCUGCCCGGCGUCCCGGUUGACGCGGGCAGUGGCACGCUGUUCUUCUAUCCACCGGCGCCGUCCCUCUCAGAGGAGGGGUCGGAGCGGCUCUCCAACAUGUACGAGGAGAUACCCUACUACGGCCGUCCGGCUCCGUCCGUCUCAAACUACUCCGACUCUGACGAGGACGCCAUCAGCCACCCGUCCGGAGACCCGGAGCCGGAGCCGGAGCCGGGUGGUGUGUCUGGAGGCCGGCCGGAGCCGCGGUACGUCUGCUCAGUACCCCCAGCAGCGACCGGGAGCCGGCGGCGCUCCGCCCGCCCGCGUCACCACCCGGCACUGCGCAGGAAGGACCCCUACUACUACUCGGAUAUCUUGGAGCGCCACGAGCCGGGCCGGGCUGAAGGUGUAGAUGUGGCUGCGGUGGCGUAUCGAGGACCUCGAGACCAGCGAGGCCCGCUAGCGUCUCGACUGGCGCCGGACCCGCUUCCAGACCUAUACGGUGGCCGGUCCGGCGCCUCCCGCGCACAGGCCAAUAAACUGAGCUCGUUCAGGCCGGGUGGGUCGACGGAUCAUACCGGCGCAGACUCUGAGGUGUAUGUGAACUCGAGUGGUCGGCUGCGGGCUGGCUAUGGUGGCAGUGGGAGAAGUCGGCGGACGCAUGACACUUGACCGAACGGGGGAUGUAGAACGUCGAUCCUCACCACAUAUGGGCUAAAGUGCGUGCUUCUGUGAAUGAAGGUGUGUAUUAUGUGUGUCUGUAGCAGUCAGGUGAAUGCAAUGGGCGACCUUCACAGUGGAGUUCGAUCUUCGCUCGGCUUGAAGCGAUAGAUACCACAGUGAUUGUCGUGUCCGGGUGGUCUAUGUUUUGCUUUGUUUUGUUUGUUUUUGGUCAUGCAAGUAAUUAACUGAGUUACAGCUUUGUAAUGUCAUUCCGGCGUGCUUAAAUCGCGCAUUGCGUGAUUUAGUAACGCACUGGCGCGCCCUGCAGUACUGUGUACUGCCUCCGUAUGUGUAAAUCAACUGUGAUAGUGACCAUUGUGAUGCAGCAAUAGGAAAAUAAACCCAGGUGAUAACUGUCCGUAUUAUCACUGUCCACUGACUGGUGGUGAUCAUUUGUCUGAUUCAGUGUUCAGACAUGAUCCAGCCCACCCUUGGGCCGGACCGACGGAUCAUAA